AUGAUGAUGGCUCUGGCGUUGGCUUUCCAGCUGAGUGCCGCCUUUGCCGUGUCCACCGGUGCGUCUUCGCCCUUGGUGGACACACCGGCUGGAACGUUGCGAGGGACGCUGGAGGGAGAGGUGCACGUCUUCAAAGGCAUUCCCUACGCCGAAGCGCCAGUGGGUGACCUGCGCUGGCGGCCGCCGGUGGCGGCCAAGCCAUGGGAUGGCGUGCGUGAUGCUUCGAGCUUUGGGAAUUAUUGCCUACAGAAGGAGGCCACCGGCAUUUGGCAUUUGCGCAGCCAGGGUGGCAGUGAAGACUGUCUCUACUUGAAUGUCUACGUCCCUCCCGAUGUGCAGCCUAACGUCUUGUGUGGAUCCAUGGGGGUGGCUUCGAGCUCGGUGCAGAACGCGGAAGGGCUGGGUUUCUUCGGUGCAGGAGGUGGAACUGGAAUGCACUGCAUGGCCGCGCAUGGCCGCGCAUGGCCGCGCAUGGCGCAUGCUUCAGAGAGAAGUGGGUCACGAGGUGCGCGAAAAUCAUCGCUGGAGAAACUGGUGGUUUCUGCAGCAUUGCAUGGAACAUCCAACGGUCGACAGUCGACAUUGUCGACGAACGGUGAUGCGAGUGGAGGAGAGCUCUACAAUGGAAGUGACCUGGUGAGCUUCUGGCGCACCCGAAAUGUCUCAGCCUUGGUGGUGACGCUGAACUAUCGCCUCAAUGUCUUUGGCUUCUUGGGCAGUGAGCUGUUGAGAGAUAGAGAUCCUUUGAGAUCCACUGGAAACUACGGCAUGCAGGAUCAGCGCAUGGCUUUGCAAUGGGUGCAGAAGAACAUCGCGGCCUUUGGUGGUGAUCCCAAGAAGGUGAUGAUCUUUGGGCAAUCCGCCGGAGCUGGCAGUGUGUCUGUACAGCUGUCCAUGCCGCGCUCGCGGGGUUUGUUCUCCUCAGCACUGAUGGAAUCUGGAGGCUUCAGCGGUUGGGCUGGCCAGCCUAUGCGCUACAGUGAGUUGUGGAUCUCCCGCGUGAUGAACCACAGCAGGUGUGCAAGCGUCUCCUGUUUGUUGCAGCUGCCGGCGGUCGAGCUGCGCGACGCGUAUCUGGCGAUCCCCAACGGACAGUGUUGCAAGCAGCUCUUUGGAAACCCCAUGAUCCCAUGGGCCCCCACGGUGGACAACGUGGAGCUCUUCGAACAUCCCUUCGACCUGGCGCUGGAGCAGAAGGUUCCUGAUGUACCUUUGGUGCUUGGGACCAACACUGACGAUGGCGCGGAGUUCUUCUCAGAGUUGAACCUUACCAGUGAGGAGUUUCCUGGCCGCUUCAUGGAAAAGUUUGCGGGCCCCGGCGCCUCUGCUGCGGAGAAGCUCUAUGCGUCAGAGGUGCAUCCGACCUUGCAGGGCCUCGGCGACGGCUGGUGGGACGCGGAGCGCGUCGUGACGGAUCAGAAUUUCUUUUGCACCACCCGACGGACGGCCCAGCGGCUCGCGCAGAAACGGCCUGUCUUCCAGUACUUGUUCAACCACUCCGCCAAGAAUGGCCCGGUGGUGUCUCACAACGACGAGCUGCCUUUCGUGUGGCGUGGUUUGAAGAUGCACCUCAGCACCGAGGAGUGGAAACUCUCCGCAGAGGUCGCGAUGUCGUGGUACCACUUUGCUGCCACUGGGAAUCCCAGCACGGAUGUUUUAACAUGGCCGCAGAUCCAGGGCCAGGCCCCGACGCUCAUGUUGAAGUUCCAAGUGGCCUCCCAGGGUGGCAACGAGGUGAUGGAUGCGGGGUAUCGAGAUGAGCAAUGCAACUUCAUGAUUGGUUGGUUGAACCGCCCAGUCAGCGCCACGGCCGGCCCAGCCGCGCCCAGUUGGCGCGCGCGGUUCGCAGUGGGCGCGCUGGUGGGCGCGGCAGUGGCAGGCGCUCGACGCAGGGGCGUGAGGGGCGUGGCGCGACGGGUCGCCGCGGCGAAUGUCGCUGGCUUGGAAGGCCCGAAGAUGUGCCUCGUGGUCUUCGGCGGCACCGGCUACAUCGGACGGGCGACUGUCAAAGAGCUGGCUGCGCGUGGGCACGAGGUGGUGGUUUGCACCCGAAGUAAGUCCGGCAUCGGGGGCAAGGAGUCCCUAGAGGAUGUCCAGAGAUCCUUCGCAGGUGAAGGGAACAUCACUGUCGUCGAGGGCGACGUGACAGACCCUGCAGCCUUGGAUGCCUUGUUUGCCUCGCUCCCGCGGACAGCGCAGGGCGCCGUGUGCUGCUUGGCCAGCCGCUCCGGGGGUCGUCAGGAUUCCUUCGACAUCGACUAUCAAGCCACUGUGAACUGCGUCGAGGCUUCGCGAAGGGCGAAGCUGGCGCAGUUCGUGCUGCUCUCCGCUGUGUGCGUCCAGCGGCCUUUGCUGGCCUUCCAGGAAGCCAAGCUCAAGGCAGAGGCGGAGCUUUGCAAGGAGGGGCCCAUGGCCUAUUCCGUGGUGCGUCCCACCGCCUUCUUCAAGUCCCUCUUGGGACAGGUGAAAGGCGUGAAGGGUGGAGCGCCCUACGUGAUGUUCGGCGACGGCACCGAGGUGAGGUGCAAGCCCAUCAGCGAAGAGGACUUGGCGUCCUUCAUGGCCGACUGCUUUUGGGAUCCAGCGAAGAAGAACCAGAUCUUGCCCGUUGGUGGACCCGGCCCGGCCUUGUCCUUCAAGGAGCAGGGCGAGUUGCUGUUCAGCCUCGUGCAGCAGAAACCCAACUUCAUCUGCGUGCCCUACGGAGUCUUCGACUUCGUUCAAGGAAUUCUUGACUUCAUCGCGAGUCUCUUCCCCUCGCAGUCAGAUCUGGCCGAAUAUGGGCGGAUCGGGCGCUACUACGCGGAGCAGAGCAUGCUGGUCAUGGACCCCGCCACUGGGAAGUACAGCGAGGAGCUCACGCCCUCCUAUGGCAGGACGGACCUCAAGACCUUCCUGACCGAAGCCCUUCAGGAGGGAUCGAAGAAGUUGGAGUCGCAGCAGUUGGGGGAACAAGGUUUGGGGAAUCGCCUUGGUGUUGAGUGA